AUGCCCAAAAUAUUCAUCAUUUUAGUGUACCUCCAACUCCUACUACUGCCAAUAUCAAGUACAGAGCUGGGUAAAGAGGUGAUCAAAAAUGGCGGAUGGACAUUGUUGGACGAAGAACCUAUCGAAUAUUCUGGAGAAUGUACUGUAGAACGAAGAGAUGGUAAAACAUUGACACAAGACGGGUUUCUACAAGAGUAAGUUGCUAUAGUGGCUCUUGCUGUUACCGUGGUAUUUUUGGUUGAAAAGGGUGGUUUUGGAACUGACAGUUGUUGGAAAUGGAAUAAAAUUGUUUCUUUUCAUCUUUUUUGUCGUUAAAAAGGCCUUUUCAUAAUUUCAUGUUUUCGUGGUGGGACCCAUGCCAUGCCAAUAUGAAAAAUCUUUUUUUAAUAAACCUUAUUCAGAUAUGCCUAUACGAAACCACUCGUAAUUUACAACGUCGAGAACACGGAAUUUACGCUUAAAACCAGCCGGCUGGAGAUGAUGAAGCACUUUGAACAUACUCCAGUUACCCUGAAUUCGGCCAAUACGCAUUCAUACACUCGAGGUAUGGGGUUUUAAAUUUUCUUUUGGUUUUGAUAGAUACUGUGGAAUGUUUAUUUAAUAUUGUUUUAGUUCCAACGACCUUUGGCGACUACCUGGACACUCAUUUGAAGCCGCAAAGCCUGCAAACCUUGGGAAAUGGUAAGUUUUGCCAUUUUUAAUUUUUUUUUCUAAAUUUUCAGGUAUAAAAAUGACAUUAUUUAACUAGAAAAUUUAAAUUUUCAUAAUAGUUGUACAAAUUUUCAUGGAAAGCUCGUCUAUUUUCGUAUAUUAUCCAUGACGUCUCCCUGGUAUACGCCAAAGUAAUAUUUCCGAUUGCGUGAGUCAAACUAGUGUAACAAGGCAAAGAAGCAUGGCCUGUACGCGCAUUCACAUUUUAAACAUAAUGGGUUCAGGGAAUUUAAUAAAUUUUGUAUUUUUCGGGUUCUAACACGAAAACUUGGAAAUGCCAAGAAACGACGUGAUUAAGUGAUGAACUAUUGUUGCGGUGAACGGGGAAGUAAAUGGAAUGUUGUAAGGACAUUUUAAGUUUUAAUUGACUAGAAAAUGUCAAGUGCGACUAAUUUUUGAAGAAUUUAAGUCUUGGCGCGAAAACAUUAAAAAUAAGGAAAACGACAAACUGUAACGAAAAAAUUGUAAAAUGGUACCUGGGGAAUUAUAAUUAAAAUUCCAAAUUUGAUUUACAACCAAUACUUAUACAGUUUUUCAAUGUACUGUGUCCCACCACAAACUCAAAAAUUGGUUUUAAAUCUUAAAAAAUAACUGAAAACCCUUUCAGAAACCUUAUACCUGUUCGGCGACAUCGAUCCAGUCCUAUGGAAGCCUCUAUUAUCAGUCUAUCAACAACCUAAAUGGACUGUACCAGAAAUGGAACCAGCUUUGAGUUUUGGCAUAGCCGCCGUUGGAACUGGAGUGCCAUUUCACUUUCAUGGCCCUGGAUUCGCUGAGGUUGUUCAUGGAAGCAAAGUAAGUGCAAGUGUGGAUAAGAGGGGUCAGUUUUGAAUUAGGGAGGGGUGGUAAAUGGGAGUGGAUUCGCCCCUUGAGCUAAUCCGAAAAAGAUAACAAGAUCUUGUUGGUGAAAAAAUUUUUAAAAAAUUACGAAAAAUGAAUGCACUUAUAGCUAGCUAAUUGUAGAUUAAAAUUUUUUUGGCUUUACCCCCCCCCCCCCCCCUUAUUUAAAAUUUCAAAAAAUUAAAAUUUUGGAGGAUUCCCAAAAAUCCGGGCUGACUGGACUGAAAAAACAACUUUGUACAUGUGAAACGUUCGUAUUUCAACGUGAUUCACGUCGCUUCCCGGCUCAAUUUCCUGCCUAUUUGAAACAUUUUCCCAAAACUUAAUUUGAAGCCGCAAAUUUGAAGCCAUUGUCCCGAAAAAGACAUUUUUCAGCCGUUUCCGGGGUCAAAUUCUAAAAAUAUUCCUUAGCCAACCAUUCUUCCAGCCUUAUCACAUAGGCUAAUCCUGUAUAUUCCUUAGCCAGCCUAUUACCAUUAGCCCAGCCCUAUCCCUUCACCAACUUAUUGACUUUAGUGCAGUCUUAUUCCUUGGCCAGCUUAUUAACAUUAGCCCAGCUUGUUAAAUAAAACCAAUAAUUUUCAAAUCGCAAUGGAUAAAUAUUGCCAUAGCCAAUCCAAACAGCAUUUUUGUGAUAACAUGUUUUUGUAAAGUCGAAACGAAAUGCCUUUGCAUGUUUUGUUACAAACACGUUUUUAAACAUUGUAUCACGUGCAUGAAAUUCCAAAAAACAAAAAAAAAUAUUUCUUUAAUUAAAAUUUUAAAAAUUUAUUGAAUUUUCAUGGUAAUCAACGCCGGAGGGCGAUUUUAGUUUAGGAAGGGAGGUCAAAAACUGUUUUCUGUUUUUCAUUGAUUUUAAAAUAAAAACCUCUUCAUUAUCAUUAACAGAAUCUAUAUUUCAGCUAUGGUUCCUCACAGAACCGGACAAGAAACCAGUCUUCGAUCCGGACCGAUCCACUCUCGACUGGUACCUAAAUGACUACCCCAAACUGGAGCCAAAUCAAAAGCCAUUCGUAUGUCUGAUGAAGCCAGGAGAGUUGAUCUACUUCCCCGACAAGUGGUACCAUGCCACGUUGAAUAUGGAGACGUCGGUGUUUAUAUCAACCUUCCUGUCUGGUACGGCUCCGUCUCGGCCUCGCAAUGAACUGUGA